AUGUGGAAUGUCACUAUAUCGAAGUGGAACAACGCAGGUAGUUGCUCCCUGCCCCCUCUUCCCCCAGCGACGAGGCUCACGUGCUUCACCAGGUUUGAUGUUGAAACCUCAUUGUCGGCUAUCGGGGAGCGCUUGGAUCGGCUCGAGACGACCCUCAGAGAGCAUGCCGAUGCGCUGAACCAGCUCAGUUCGAGGUCGGCUGCGGUGUCGACGCCAGUCUCGCAUGUCUCGCAGCCCGCCAAUGCCUCAUCCGUCGAUCCCCCAAGAGGAUCACCCCACGGGUCUGGGUUCUCAUAUACGGCGACUCCCAACGGAAGGUCAAAUGUGGCAACGGACACCAGCCCCGAUGUUGCUCUCCCUCCGAUGACCAUUCCACUAUGGCAUUCCACGACCACGGGGUCCCUCUUAUCCUGCCCACAGGUGAAAUCGCUACUCGGCGAUUACCCCAGUGAUGUCUUUCUGCGCAUUGAAGAGCGACGAACCCUCCCCCCUGGUUUAAAAUUACCAUGCUUGCCCGGGACCCGCCCCGAAAUGCCGACGCUGGAUCGCACCGUCACCGAUGCCUUGAUGGAAUAUUAUUUCCAAUCGGUGAAUAUGCAACAUCCAAUCCUCGACUACGAUGACAUUCUGCCGCAAUAUCACGCCAUGGCCGCGGACGCUUUACAGCCGUCGCUGGAAUCGGCUUUGAUCCUGCUGAUGCUGGCUUUGGCGGAGGCGGCGCGAACAGAACCCUCCGAAAGACUCGAGGCGGACUGGUCACCGGGAGGGGCCUACUUCCUUCCAGCUCUGGGUAUCUCCCUGGACGCGUACCUGAACACCCCAAACACCGCCACCCACCUUCCGCAAUGUCUCUACCUUGCCGCACUGUACUAUAGUUAUCUUGCGCGGCCGCUGGAUUCCUGGAAACUUGUACAUCUUGCAUCAACCAGCUUCCAGCGUCAGUGGAUAAGCGACCUUAUCGCGGAGCAUCACUUGCCACGGAGUGGCGUGGAAACCAUCGUCGACAGUCUCCCGCUCCCGCUCUGUGGAGAUCCGCCGGACUCGUCCCUGCUCGCAUGGCUCGCUGAACUGUCGUCCCGCCGGUUAUUGAACCGUGUCCACCACGUCAUGUAUGCAGGUGACCAGGAGUCUUUGUGGCAAGCAAACUAUAUCAGCAGUCAAACGGGCGUCAACGACGAAGAUGCCGUCAAACGGCUUUUGCAUUCCACCUUGACGAUAUCGGUGGAGCUGGACGGACAACUGAACAAUUGGUACAACUUGAUUCCGCAAACCAUCAAGCCCGACUUGGCCCAGGUCCCUACUGAGGUCCAGGACGCUGUGAUGGUUCUUCGAUACCAUUCGGCGAAAGACAUCAUCUUUCGUCCGUUCGUGCUAUUUGCCUGCAGCCUUCCCGCCACGUUACGACCCCCACCGUUUCUGAUGGACAUAUGCCAGACCGCAAUCUAUAGCUGUCGGCAAUAUAUCCUGGCCGCGGCAAUGCGGCUGCACCAGCCAUCGGCAUCGACCGAGAUUGUGAUUCACUCGUAA